UAAAAUAUCACUUUAUGUAUAUAGAUUUCCCUGGUCUGUCAAAAGUCAAAUUAUGAAGUCAUCUAAACCUAUUUCUGAAUCGGCAUUAAUAGAAAAUUACACUUCAGAAAAUAUGAUGAUACCAAAGUUGGAGAGAUUGGAACCAUCAUCAGUUGAAAAUGUGAAUGAAGGUAAUUUAAACCAGAUGAUUCCUUUGAAAUGUGAAGAAGGAUGUUCUCUCGUGUUUGCCCAUGCUAUCAAUCACACUCAGAUUAUACACACAGAACAUGGGGACAUACAGGUUAUCCAAGCAACUGAGGAGCAGUUAGAGGAACUGAAACAAAAUCAUCAUAUUGAAAUACUGACAGAAGCAGAUAUAAUAACAGACACAACUCUUAAUGCAUCUCAAUAAAUGAUUUUAGAUCAUAUUUUAAUUUAUAAAAACAUUGUAAAUACUUUUACUGUGAAUUAAUUUCUGGAUUAUUUUGUUAGAAUCUAUAUUUAAAAAUUUUUUUAAUAAAACUUUUUAUAUUUA